AUGGCACCAACUUCUCAUGGAAGAAGCCUGGCCCAUGAUCGGGACGGCCUCACCAAUGGCUCGCUCAUCCAAGUACCUCCACCAUCAACCCUUGCAGCGCAGCUAGUCGAGAACAUAACGGCACCACCGAGAUCAUCGCGGCCCGAUGAGACUGCAGAGCUCAAGAGAUGCUUCGGAAUUAUCGAGAAGGUCAAGAAUCAGCCUGCUCUGCUCACAACACCUGCGCAACGUAUUGAACAUAAUCAUAUGCUCAUCUACGUUUAUGUCCGAGUGGUCCUCGAAAGCCUACGUUGGGAUGACCCGUUUGCCGACGUAACCCACUUGAGCUCUGAGGCUUUGAGAGCCAUCAACUUCUUGCGCAUGACAAUCAAAGAAACACCAAAUGUGCUUCUCACCACUCCAGAAGAGCAACAAUUUCUUUUUCGUGGGCAAUCGCCACUCUGGCUAUGGAUUUUGCCCAAAGUGCUGAAGGUCUUGGGUCGUGACAAGUGCCCUGAUUUGACCAAAGCCAUUAAAGAUCUGCUACAAGAUGUCUUCUUGGUCAUUUGCCAUACUGGCUCGCUAUGGCCGCUUCUUCCUCCAUAUCUAAAAUACAUACAAGACUGUAUCAAGUCUACUCUGGAUUGCCUCACAGAUAUUCGUCCCUUGUCGUCGAAACAUGACGUUGCCAUCAGUCUACGGCUACCACCCGACACCGUUCUUGCAUCAGUGUCCCAUGAUGAUAAGCUGGAGUCCCUUCAACAACACUGUACCUUCGAUGUCACUUCGUCGUCCCAUGGCAUCAGGCAUGCUUUCAGCCUACUUGCAACUUUGACACAGCAUAUGAGAUCGAGCCAAGGAUUACAAAAUCUGAUGUCUCCUAUAGACUAUACCCCUUGGCUCGUGGACACAUACUUUGCGCUUCACCGACUUCAAAGCAAAUGGCCUAGUACACGAUUCAAUCAUUUAUCUUCUUCAUUGCAAGCCAUCCUUGGUUUGGCGAAGACAAUUCAAGCAUCAGUGACGAGUAAUCCAGAUUCACAACAUAAAUUUGUCUCCUUUCUCGUCUAUCUAAUCAUGGAAUUGGUGGAUUAUUCUGAAAAUUUGCUCCGGACCGAGCAAGAUUUCACUGCCGAAAAAGAGCUACUUUGUUCAUCGCUUCUUACUCUGACAGGGCUAGCCAACGUCAGCAAACCAGUUGCCAAUUUUGUCUCUUUGCAACUGGUACAUAGGCUUGAAAGACUGGCAACUGAGGGUGAACUGAUGUCCCCUGAGACCGACUUAUGGAAAUGUUACGAAUUGCUGCGACGUGCCUCCUCUGGAUCGCUAUCGGCAACCCAGACCCAAGCUGGAGCUGUUACACGUUUCGAGAGUAGCAGCUUGUGCCGUCAGUUUGAAAGCCUCAAGAUCCUGCUACCCACUACCCUUUUCAACUUUUCGGAUCGUGUUCGAAACAAGCGUAGAAAGGUCGAAGCGACACCGAAAGCCUUGGUUCAGAUUCUUAAGGUUCUCUAUCGGAUCCUAGACACGGAGUACAGCGAUGCUCAUGGUGACCUUGCUACACUCGUCAAGACAAAGUUCACCGACAUUGGUGAGAAAGAUCAAUGUACACUGCUUGAUCUUUUGGGUCACGCUUGCUGUGCAACAUUCGACGGUUUUGCGAUCAAAUCCCUGCUUGGUAAGAAGGGCUCAUCCACUUUCCAAUGUCGCACUUGUAGUCACAACACAAUGCCACAAGAAAAGCCGAGCUGCUGCGAACCUGGUGCGCGAUCCAGCAUUCUUGCAGCGUUCAGGGCCGUAGUAGAUAUGCCAGACUUCAACGUAUUGCGUCGACCUCGAGUUGCUGCUAUGACAACCUUGAGACGUCUUGUGACGCAUUCACCAGAUUCUGACUUUUUGGACCUGGAAACAUCGACCAUUGGACUUUGGUGCAUGAAAUCUCUUUCGAGUUCGAAUCGAGAGCUCCGCAUCGCUUCAUGCCGAACAUUGCCAGCCUUUUUAAACAACUGGAUGAGCAAUAGUUCCAAUGAUGGUGUAGUACAACAAAAUCGUGCAUUUGCACUUCAAGCUCUGAGCUCCAUCUCAGACCAGGCGUUGCCUCAUCUUGCUGAAACAUGCAUCAUGGCAUGGUCUCAUGUUGGACGUAUGGUUAGCGAUGAUCAACUCAAUCUCGUUCUCGUCAAAUUGGUCGACUAUCUGAGUCGUGAGAAUGCAAUCAUAUCUGCGGCAGCUUUUGAUGAGAUUCUCAACUUGGCUCGAUCUCGCACAGUCUCCCCACGAGAGCUAUUUCAACCCUACUGGAAGAACAUCGCUUUUUCAGCAGUCAAGGAUUUGGACUCGCAACCAAAGUUGACACGCUUACUUGCCGAACUGCUCGAAAUCACCGUGCCAGACUUGCUAUUGAUGAUACAGAGAGAGGCACUCCCUUGGCUGGUACUCAAGGGAAAAUCAGGGGCCAUCCAACAGAUUGCAGACGCUCGCGCCGAAAAAGCGUCAUGGCAGCCAUGCUUGGACAAGAACAAUCUUGGGCCUAUUGUCGCCCUUCUCCUAAUCCAGAAUGUGCCUGACGUGGAAGCGCAUGCAAUGACCCUCCUACGGCAUAUUUCACCUCACUUUGAAGGAUUCGGUCUAGGCGAUUUGAUCCUUGUAGAGCCAGUACUAAUAUGCCUUGAACUUUUGAAAGCAGCUGGCGAGGCAGAGGAGGAGCGAAAACCUCAUAUUCGCCAGGCACUCGAUUUGAUGGUCAAUCUUUAUUACAAGGCGAAUGGGGAUCUUAAGCAGAAGAAAUCCAACACUACUGGUCUAUUUCUUCUCGAUCAGGUGCUUGGUUUGGUUUCCAAUCUGACUGAAAUAUUCAACAUAUUCCCCGAUUCCCUCUCCAUCAUGGAGGAACGGCAACGUUCUAUCAGAGCCAUGGAGGAGCUUCUUCGCAUCGGAAAGAAGAAUAUUCGAAUGGCCCGUCCGCAAAUCUCUUCAUGCAUAUUGUCAUGUAUGCCAGAUGACAAAUUACGUGCGUCUGCAUUUUCUUGCUGGACAGCCAUGAUCCUCUAUCUUGGCGCCGAUGAUGUCGAAAGUCUGAUCGAAACCACCUUCUUCAUCAUCGGUCACUACUGGACCGCGUUUGACGAGACGAGUCACGAACGGGCUAGAAAGCUACUGGAGUAUAUGCUUGAGAAGCACUCUAUACUAUUGGAAGAGAUGAUCAGCAAGCUUCCUUCCUUUGGCCAUAUCAGCGCCUUGGCUCGGGUAGAAAAGAAUCUAAACGCGCUGCGGAAACCCGUUGAUAACAGAACGGCUUUCAAUCUACUCGCCGAAAGGAUUGGGCAUGAAAACUCUGGAGUAGUUCUGCAAGCCUUGAGAGAGCUUACUUCAUAUUUGCAGAUACAACAGGGAUAUCUCCAAGCCUCAGCUGUGAGUGAACAACCCGACUCUGUUGUAUCGACAUUGGCCCGCGCCCUGCUUGACUGCUCAUCGAAGUUUGCCACGGAUGGGGACGAGAUCAGUCGGCUGUGUAACCAGAGCCUGGGUCUUCUUGGUUGUCUUGACCCCAAUCGUGUGGAAACAGUGAGGGACGAACGUCAGAUUACUGUUGAACACAACUUUACCAAGGCUACCGAGGUCAAUAACUUCAUCAUGACCCUCCUGGAAGAUGUGAUGGUCAAGUCGUUCCUCUCAGCCACCGAUGGCAACUUUCAGGGUCUUGUAUCUUAUGCAAUGCAAGAAUUGUUAAAUAGGAUCGAUAUGUCUGCUGCUAUUCAUAUGCAUCAACAUCCAGUCCGGGGAGAUGCAAGGCAAGCUGAAGCUGAUGAUCUCUACCGAUUGUGGACUUCCAUGUCAGAGGGGGCCCGAGAGGUCUUGGUGCCAUUUCUAAGCUCAAGGUACAAGUUACAAGCAAUCACCACGGCAAAUGCGGAAUACCCAAUCUUCCGCCCCGGCAGGACUUAUGGCUCCUGGAUGCGCAUUUUCACUCUUGACCUGCUUCGGAGGCCGCAAAGCACGUUUACGGAAUACAUCUUUGAGCCAAUCUGUCGUGUCAUCAAACUCAAAGACCUCUCGAUCGCCGAGUUCAUGUUUCCGUUCCUGGUACUCCAUGUCAUCACGGGCGAUGAAAGCACCGAUGACGUGAAAAAGAGUAUUCUGCAAGAGCUGCUUAACGUAUUGCAAAAUGAGCCUCCGAAAGAGGCCUCAUAUAGCGAAAAAGAGGACAAAAAGCUAUACUAUGAGGCCGUUUUUCGAGUCCUCGACUAUGCCAUGCGGUGGCUCCAGAUCAAGCGAAGCCGGCAAAACCAAACACCCCAGGAUGAUCUUUGGAUCAAAAGAGUCCAAACGAUUCUCAAUGCCAUCCCGGCCGAAUUGAUUUCUCAGCGAGCUGUUGAUUGUAAAUCCUUUUCACGAGCCUUGUUUCAUCUUGAACAACAUAUUCGCGAAGUCGAUCAAGAGAAGAAAACAAGUAGUGAAGACCGGGAGCGCCUUUUGUUGCGUUUACAGGAUAUAUACGCUCAGAUUGAUGAGCCCGAUGGCCUGGAGGGCAUUUCAGCUCAUCUACAUGUGCUUGAUAUUAACCAGCAGAUAUUGAGCCACCGUAAGGCUGGACGAUGGACCGAGGCACAGACCUGGUAUGAGGUCAAGCUGGCUGAAGACCCCGACAACGUUGAUAUACAGACUGAACUUCUCACCUGCCUGAAAGAGUCUGGCCAACACGAUGUAUUAUUGAACUAUGUUGAAGGUAUUGAGAAACACACUGCGGUGAACACGAUCAGUCAAAUAGUUCCUUACGCCGUGGAGGCAUCUUGGGCCACGGGCAGAUGGGAGACCAUGCGCAAGUUCAUCGCCAAGUAUCAAGGUGACUCCACGGAGAACUUUAACGUGUCCGUCGCUCAAGCGCUCAGUCAUCUUGAGAAAGGCUCAACACAAGCGUUCAUCGAGCAGAUGACAAUGAUGCGCGAUAGAGUGAGCUCUUCAAUGACCUCCACGGCUACCUCAUCCCUCCAUGCUUGCCACGAUGCUCUACUCAAGUGUCAUGUGCUCACAGACCUUGAGCUCAUCGCCGGUGUCAACAAUGAUGGUAGCCAACAUCCACAGGAAGUGAUAAAAACGCUUGACCGGCGCCUGGAGGUGCUUGGCUCAUAUGUUAAUGACAAGCAGUACAUUCUAUGCAUCAGGCGUGCAGCUAUGGAACUGUCUCGAUCACGAUUCAGUAGUCUAGACAUUUCCUCCAUGUGGUUGACCAGUGCGAGACUCGCUCGCAAAUCGAAUUCGCUGCACCAGUCUUUCAAUGCUGUCCUUCACGCAUCGCAGCUUGGAGAUAACAAUUCGACGAUCGAGAACGCACGGAUAUUGUGGAAACAAGGUCAUAACAGACAGGCCAUUCAGACGCUGCAGAGUGCAAUCAAUAGCAGCGUCUUCUCGAGCAAGAGUUUCGCAACAGAUGGGGAUUCGUCGGAGAGAAAUCCCGAAUCGCAACAAAACAUGACCAUAGCCAGGGCGCAGCUACUCCUGGCGAAAUGGUUGGACAGUGCUGGCCAGACACAUGCAAGCGCUCUGCGCCAGCGGUACCAGAAUGUUCCCAAAAACUAUAGUCAAUGGGAGAAGGGACACUACUACCUCGGAAGGCACUACAAGAAAGUUCUCGAGUCUGAAAAGGCACUGAGUCCAGACAUGCAGAGCGAUGAGUAUCUAUCUGGUGAAACCGUCAGGCUCGUCAUUGAGAACUACAUCCGGUCGCUCAACUACGGCACGAAGUACCUCUACCAGACUCUACCAAGGAUAUUGACUCUCUGGCUGGAGUUUGGAGCUCAGUUGGAAAAGGCGCCCGAGGGCAAGGUCUCCUUCUCACGAGAGCUUCAUCAUCGAAGAAAGACCCAACUAGAUUCACUCCACGUGUACUUGCUCAAGUAUCUGCAACGACUUCCUGCAUAUAUUUUCUAUACAGCUCUUCCGCAAAUGGUUGCGCGCAUUGCGCAUCCAAACGAGCAUGUCUUCAAAGUUUUGGAGCAAUUCAUCCUCAAAGUCAUCGAAGCCCACCCCCGACAGGCGCUGUGGAGCUUGUUUGCAAUCAUGACAUCAAGGCAGUCGGGAACCGAGCGCCGAUUACGUGGCCAGCAGAUAUUAACAAAGCUGCGCGGAAUAUCGAAGCCAGUAGAUGGAGGUACCGGUGAUCUCAAGUCGUUGCUACGAAAAGGCGAAAAGUUGGCGAAUCAACUCCUGCUGGCAUGCAAUAAUGGCGACUUUCAAAGCAACCGAACCACACAUGCCAGUAUCACCCGAGACCUUAACUUCAACCACAACUGCUGUCCCUGCCCGCUCGUCGUUCCUGUCGAGGCCUGUCUGACAGCAACCCUCCCAACACUGACAGACAACGUCAAGAAACACAAGGCAUUUUCUCGCGAUGUAAUCACAAUUGACAGUUUCUUGGACGAUGUUCUUGUCCUGGGAUCACUUGCGAAGCCCCGAAGACUGACCGCCCGUGGUUCGGACGGAAAGCUCUAUAUGCUGCUCAUCAAGCCCAAAGACGACCUCAGAACAGACCAGCGUUUGAUGGAGUUCAAUAGCAUGAUCAACCGUUCACUCAAACGAGAUGCAGAAUCCAGCCGUAGGCAACUGUAUAUCAAGACAUAUGCAGUGACGCCAUUGAACGAAGAGUGCGGAAUCAUUGAAUGGAUCGACGGGCUCAAGACACUUCGCGAUAUUCUCCUCAACAUCUACCGAUCUCGCGGGAUUGUUCCCAACUACAACUCUCUUGCCCAGAUGAUGAAGGAUGCGACCAUGAGCGACAAAAACACAAAAAUAUUUACGGAUUCAGUAUUGGGAAUGUUCCCUCCCGUCCUGCCGUUUUGGUUCAUUUCGCAAUUUCCCAACUCAUCGGCAUGGUUUGCGGCACGUUUGAGAUAUACUCGUUCAUGUGCGGUCAUGUCCAUGGUAGGAACAAUCCUUGGUUUGGGAGAUCGUCACGGCGAAAAUGUACUUCUCGAAGAAGGCAAUGGUGGUGUCUUUCACGUCGACUUCAAUUGUCUGUUUGACAAGGGCCUCACGUUUGCGCAGCCGGAACGAGUUCCGUUUCGCCUGACCCACAACAUGGUGGCGGCCAUGGGAGCGCAUGGCUACGAGGGACCUUUUAGAAAGUGCUCCGAGCUAACAUUGAGCAUCCUCCGCCAACAAGAGGAGACAUUGAUGACCAUUCUCGAGGCGUUCAUCUACGACCCCACGCUCGAUCUGCAAAAGGACAAGAAACGCAAACACGAGAUCGUCAAAAUGAACCCACCGGCCGUAGUAGAGAAUAUCAAGAGGAAGGUGAGAGGUCUGCUGCCUAACGAAAGCAUCCCACUCAGUGUAGAGGGCCAGGUUGAGGAGCUUGUCAAGCAGGCGGUACACCCACGGAACCUUGCAGCCAUGUAUAUCGGAUGGUGUCCAUUUUUGUAG